AUGACUUACAAAUACUACAACCAGCACUCCGAUCACUUCAACUACACCCCCUCAAACUACAAAUACUACAACUACUACAAUUGGUCCUACCAUGGCUACAAACACAGUGCCUAUAACUACAACUGCAGCUUCAUCUCCUCCACCUACCAACACAACUGCUCCAAGUACUACAACUACUACAACUCCUCCACCUACCAACACAACUGCUACAAGUACUACAACUACUACAACUCCUCCACCUACCAACACAACUGCUACAAGUACUACAACUACUACAACUCCUCCACCUACCAACACAACUGCUACAAGUACUACAACUACUACAACUCCUCCACCUACCAACACAACUGCUCCAAGUACUACAACUACUACAACUCCUCCACCUACCAACACAACUGCUACAAGUACUACAACUACUACAACUCCUCCACCUACCAACACAACUGCUCCAAGUACUACAACUACUACAACUCCUCCACCUACCAACACAACUGCUCCAAGUACUACAACUACUACAACUCCUCCACCUACCAACACAACUGCUACAAGUACUACAACUACUACAACUCCUCCACCUACCAACACAACUGCUACAAGUACUACAACUACUACAACUCCUCCACCUACCAACACAACUGCUACAAGUACUACAACUACUACAACUCCUCCACCUACCAACACAACUGCUACAAGUACUACAACUACUACAACUCCUCCACCUACCAACACAACUGCUCCAAUACUACAACUACUACAACUCCUCCACCUACCAACACAACUGCUACAAGUACUACAACUCCUCCACCUACCAACACAACUGCUACAAGUACUACAACUACUACAACUCCUUUACCUACCAAUACAACUGCUACAAGUACUACAACUACUACAACUCCUUUACCUACCAACACAACUGCUACAAGUACUACAUCUACUACAACUCCUCCACCUACCAACACAACUGCUACAAGUACUACAACUACUACAACUCCUCCACCUACCAACACAACUGCUACAAGUACUACAACUACUACAACUCCUCCACCUACCAACACAACUGCUACAAGUACUACAACUACUACAACUCCUUUACCUACCAAUACAACUGCUACAAGUACUACAACUACUACAACUCCUUUACCUACCAACACAACUGCUACAAGUACUACAUCUACUACAACUCCUCCACCUACCAACACAACUGCUACAAGUACUACAACUACUACAACUCCUCCACCUACCAACACAACUGCUACAAGUACUACAACUACUACAACUCCUCCACCUACCAACACAACUGCUACAAGUACUACAACUACUACAACUCCUCCACCUAUCAACACAACUGCUACAAGUACUACAACUACUACAACUCCUCCACCUAUCAACACAACUGCUACAAGUACUACAACUACUACAACUCCUCCACCUACCAACACAACUGCUACAAGUACUACAACUACUACAACUCCUCCACCUACCAACACAACUGCUACAAGUACUACAACUACUACAACUCCUUUACCUACCACCGCAACUGCUACAAGUACUACAGCUACUACAACUCCAAAAACUACAACCUUCUCAACAACUACAGUUGCUACAAGUACAAGCGCAGCUACCACUCCAGAAAUGACCUCAGCAACUCCAGGUUUGACCUCACUGGCUUAUCUUCAGAUAUCAGUAGACUCACAAGUCGAGCUCAGCAGGGAAACACUGACUAAAGUCAUCGAACAGUUUUUCCAAGAUAAACUGGGUGACGCCGAUUAUGAUGUUGUAAUAAAGCAAAUUAUAACAACAGUUAUUCCAUUUACAACAGAAGUCACUCCAACCACAACUGUUCCACUCACUUUGUCCACGAAAAACGGUACAGUGACAAAUCAGAGCACCGCGGGAACAACAACAGAGAAUGUCCCCUAAACUCCAGCUUCAGUUCCACUUGGGGAUGCACCAAUCCAGCUUUUUCAGUUCUGAUACCGAUAUCAAUACUUUGGCUUUUGGUAACUGUUGAUACUGAAAAAGGGAUUUUAUUUCUAUCAAAACACUAUUCACUUGCUACAAAACUAAUCCAACUUUUCUUAUUUAUUUCUUAUGUUCAAACAUUAUAAAAUGUUCUAGGUCAACAUUUACCAGCAAAUCAUUUUAUAACAUCCAGUAAAAACCCCAACCAGGAUAUUGGCUGAACCGAUAUCAUGGAACCGAUUCCCUGGAUUGGCACUGAUAUUCAAAAGCAGUAUCGGUAUCGGUAUCAGAAUUGGUACGCAUCUCUAGUUCCAUCUAUAAUAUGGACAUUUUCAUCAUCAAAUUCUUCAACAAACAGUCGUAUUUUGAAGCAUAUUUCAAUCACUAAAGAUCAUUGUUCCCUUUAAAAUGUGAAGAGAAAGUCAACUGAGUAAUCUGACUGAACGUUUUAUAGGAAUAUUGUUUUCCCGUAUAAAUGUGACACAAAGGCAAUAUAAAAUUAUUGUUCUGAAACAAUAGUGGUCACUACUGCAGCAUUAGUAGUGCAAUUGUCUGUGCUUUGUCUAGACUUGAUUUACAUGUACACAAAUAAGGAUGCAGGUCCAGGCUGCAGAUUGUGUCCAUGCAUCCUGUAAGUACAACAAAAUAAAAGUCCAUAUGAGAGGAGAAAAUGUGUCCAUGUUUCAAGAUAUUUAAGCUUAAAUAGGCUGGUAUUGCUUUGCUGUUUUUAUUUUUUCAUCAACAUUGUUUCUCUUGUGGAUUAAUAAAGUUUGUCUAAGAUAAUAUAUUGAAAAUGUCUGUAUGAUUUUCAUGUGUACUACUACUGUAUGUACGUUUGUUUCUUUGAACGAAAAGAAUAAAUGACUAAAUGUGAGAUCUUGGAG